AUGCAGGACAAGGACCUUCGCCUGCUUGCGCUCGACGGCGGCGGAGUUCGCGGUCUGUCUGCGCUGAUGAUCUUGCAGCAGCUCAUGGAGACGAUCGACCCCGAGAAUCCUCCAAAGCCGUGCGACUACUUUGACAUGAUCGGAGGAACUAGUACUGGGGGGCUGAUCGCCAUCAUGCUCGGCCGGUUGCAGAUGAGUGUCAAGGAGUGCAUCGACGCUUACCUUUUGCUCUCCAGCCGAAUCUUUCAGAAGAAAGGACAUCGUGUGACGCUAAAGGGCAAUAUUCAAGGCAGGUUUGACUCGGAGGAACUGGCACAAGCGGUGAAGGAUGUUCUGGUAGACCGCGGCGUCAACAAAGACGCCUUACUGAAAGACAGAUCGGACAGUGCAUGUAAAGUGUUCGUGUGUGCAAUGAGUAAGCAAACAUGCGAAAACGUAUGUCUUACGAGCUACCCGUCGCCGCGUGGCAGUAGGGACCUUCUCAACAGCGUCAAGAUCUGGGAAGCGUGUCGUGCCACUUCGGCCGCAUCUCCUUUCUUCGACCCGAUCGCGAUUGGCCCCUAUGAAGAAGAGUUUGUGGAUGGUGCAGCGGGAGCCAACAAUCCAGUGUGGGAGGUAUGGAACGAGGCCCAGCUGCUCUGGGGGCCGCAACCGCUCGCAGGCAAGACCAAAUGUCUGGUCUCGAUCGGUACCGGUAUUCCUUCGUUGAAACCAUUUCGGGACGAUGUCCUACAUAUCACGGACACGCUAGUAUCUAUCGCGACCGAGACAGAGCAGACGGCUGAGAGAUUUCGCCGAGACAAGGCACAUCUUGACGACAGUGGACGGUACUACCGCUUCAAUGUAGAUCGGGGCCUCGAGGAGGUCGGCCUCGAGGAGUCGAAGAAGAAGAAAGAGAUUGCGGCGGCCACGCGUCGCUAUGUCGGCUCACAGGGCGUGCUCAGACAGAUACAAGCAUUUGCCAGUAUAGCAACGAAGAGAAGACCAGUCGCCGAAUUCAGCCACAUUGGCCAUGAAUCGCUCGCCGGUUCGGCCCAGACCUUGUUUGACGCGGUAUGGAAAAAUGAUGUUGAUGCAGUCCGUGCAAUUCUUGCUUCCAGCGACAACCCAGAAGGGUUGAUUGAAGUUAAGGAAUACUCGGACGAUCAAGGGUUGGCACUAGAUUGGAAACAACAUUGGGGUUUCAGCAAAUCAACACGAAGAGCUUCCGUCCUGCAUUGUGCAGUCGAGACAGCGGGUGAAGCUAGCCUUGAGAUUCUGCGGUUGCUCUUACAAGUGAACCCACAUCGUCUGGUGGAUAUACUUGGACACGUCACUCUUGUUGAUUCUAUGAACAACUGCUCUCGAAUGGGUGGACGUCCCGUUCUAGCACCAGACGAGAAUGGAGGUCGUUUUCAGAAAUCUACAGUGCUGGCUUGGGCUGCAAUCCUAGGCAACGUCAAAGCAGUCGACCUACUCUUGCGGAUGGGAGCAAACGUCAACUCUCGGGACAAUUGGUUAGGGUCACGCCUCUGA